AUGCUCGAGGCCGUGGGGCCUGAGAGGCAGGGGAGGGGAAGGGGUUGCCGGGGAGGUCUCCCUGUCCACUCUACAGUAGAUCACAGACCGAGAGCCCUGGAGAUCUCUGGCUUUACUGAGACUGACCUCCAGGAUCUACUGCCACACUUUGCUACAGGUGAGUUGGAGGACUGUCAGAUAGACGAGCCGUCCUGUCUGGCCGUUAUCACCUACAGGAGCAGACCAGAGGCUGAACAGGCGGCGCUACACAGUGUCCGUCUGAACGGCAGCGAUCUGCGUCUGUCCUGGCACCAGCCUUCCGUCUCCCUGACCUCCCAGGAGCCUGAUGAGCAGGAGACGGAUCAUGACGAGUUCCAGGAAGAGUCGCUGAUUGAUGAUGCGUUGCUCCAGGACGACGACGAGGAGGAUGACGACAACGAACCCGCCCCUGGCGCAGAUGAAGACGGCCCCUGAUUGGACGAAAUGCUAAAGCAAAUUUUUGUUUUUUUGCUUUGCAGUUUCUGGAUUGGCUGUUUUUUUUUUUAACAACUAGACGCAUUUCACAAUAGGUCAGAACCUAAACAGUUAAUUAAUUCUGUUGUGGCGAUUCAGAAGAUUACUAGACAAAGUCAUGUGGGAGUUUCAUGUAAAUAUAGUGGUUUAUUCUUCUUCCUGCUUUUAAUUUGUAAAAGUAGUUUAACAUGAAGAUUGGUACAGUUUAUUUUUUUUUUUGCUUAUUGGAUUCAAAUGAAAAUGAUACUAGAUUACUUUAGGGGGGAAAAAACAUUUUGGCGUUCAGAUCAAAUGAUACCGUUGUGUUGAAACGCCUGAUGUUUAUUAACGGUGAGAAUCGCAGAAUGGCGAACUGAACGACGGAGAGGUUUGACUGUGUGUGAUAUUAGAUUGCUUCUUGUGUAAAUAUUUUCUGUCUGGAUUUUAAUGAUUUGUAAUGACAGCUUUGCUUCGGGAUUCUUUCUUUCUUGGAUUUAUUUUUGAAAUGUCAAAAUAAAUAAAAAUAAAGACUUUAAAAUGGUCAAAAAAAUAAAAAAAAUAAAUCGGCUGCAAAAAAAAAAAAAAAAA